AUGAUGCCUCAAUCUUCGCGUUUGCCUAAUUUAAAGUUGCCUAACUUUGACGGUGAUGCCCUUCAUACAGUUAAAGCUUUCCAGGUUAAUGAAGAAAACUAUGCGAAGGCAUUAAACCGUUUAGCGGAAAGCACUUGUGAUGUAGUUAUUUUGGCAACUGCAUUGGUAAAGAUUAAUGAUCGCUUCGGAAAUAGUCAUCAUGUAAGAGCUCUAUUAGAUUCGGGAUCUCAAGUGAAUUUUAUAAGCGACGAAUGCGCAAAUAAAUUAAAACUCAACCGACGGUCCAAAGAUUUAAGUGUGCUCGGCAUUGGUGAGGUGAAUUCGAGCGUUAGGCAUGUGGUAAACGCCACAGUUCAAUCACGACUUAACGAUUAUUCGUUCCAAGCCGACUUUUGGGUUCUAAAGUCAAUUUCAAGCUCUCAACCUGAGAUAAAUUUACCAGUUGAGUCAUGGCAAGUUCCGGAUAAUAUUGAGUUGGCAGAUCCACAUUUUAAUAAAAGCCAAAAGAUUGAUUUAUUGAUAGGCGCUGACAUAUUUUUCGAAUUGCUAUCGGUUGGUCAAAUUAAACUGGAUAGUACUUUGCCAACACUACAAAAAACGUUGUUUGGAUGGAUAGUUUCUGGGAGAUAUAUAAAUGUCGAAAACGGUCAAUCAGCUGUGUGCAAUUUAAUAAAUCGAAGCAAUAUGGAAAUGACAAGUAUUGAAUCAUUUUUGCGCAAGUUCUGGGAAAUAGAGGAAAUCCCAAGCCAAAGCCGUAAUUUUGCGCAAGAGCAGAAUGAUUGUGAAAAACAUUUUGUCGCCAAUACUAAGCUAUUGGAAAUUGGUCGGUUUGAAGUUCCUUUGCCAUUCAAAGUUCCCGCGUCUUCACUUGGUUCGUCACACGAAAUAGCGAAAAGACGAUUUUUGGCGCUUGAACGGCGGUUAGUGCGAACUCCUAAGAUACAAGAAAG